UAGACAGCGAAUAGAUGUGGACGAUUCGAAUACGCUACCUUUGGACGCGUAUUUCUUUGAAAUGGGAUUGGAGGAAAAAAAUCUCCGUUUUCAAAAAGUAUUCGGACAGGUCUGGACGGGGUCUCAUUGGCAGCAGACUCAGUCGUACACCCGUCGCAUUUGCCCGUUUCAUUUUUUUAAUUUUUUUUUUGAGUUUGAAAACAAUAAGAAAUUCCAGUGGGCAAAUCAGACGGCGGUACGCGUUUGUGCUAUAAUUAUGAAUCCACUAUUGAUUAGCUUCGCCGAUUUAUAAAUCAGGGCCGGGUUCGGUUCAAAGUUGGGUUAGUGCGAGAUUUGAAUUCGGACAUGAAAGCUGAAAUAGCAAAUUCAGUUAAAUUCUUUUCGUCUCAAUUUGAUGAUUGGAAAGGUUAUAAAGAAAUUAAAAAAUUAUCCGAGGAAAUGCUUUUGAACAAAAGAAAAAGAAACCGGGGUUAAGAACUUAACCCCGGGUUGCGGCCUUCGAACAAUUCGGCCCGGUAUGGUAAGCAUCCCUUUUGAGCGUAGGAUCGUGUUCUGCAGUCCAAAGUUAAGGCCUUCACUUGAGGCAAGAUCGGGAAAAAACACUGCAGCUGGGCUUUUAACGAUAAGUUGAAAGCAAAAUGAAAAAAAGGCACAUGCAAAAAUCAUAAUGAAUGGUGGCACUUUUAGUCUUAGAUAGAUUGUGUUAGCUCAGUUUUUGGCAUAGUUCGUCAGUACCAGCAUGCGUUUCAUCGUUUUCCGGAAAAAAGUCCCACUGGUAUAAUUUGCAUUUUUGGCUCAUUUUGCAGCGCAAAAAGAGGCAAUUUAUUUAUAAAGCUACCAAUUUUAUUUAUCUAUUUUUCAGACAUCUAACGCAAUGCUGUGGCUUCUUUAUCAUUUGGCCAAUAAUCCCAAGGUACAGGAGAAGGUGUAUGAAGAAGUCCUCUCUCUCAUUGGGCCGCACGGUGAUUUCAACUCCGAGAGUUUUGCAAAAUUACAGUACAUUAAAGCUUGUGUGAAAGAAUCCAUGAGGUAAUUUGGACUGAUAACUGUAAUAUAUUCUUACAUAUAGUGCAGUGUUCUAUCUAUCGGGCGCACCCGCACCGAUAAUCAUAUGAUAAGUCUGUCCCAUUCCCGUCUGUUGACAACGACAGAUGGAAGAUCCUACCUCAUAAGACCGCUGUCACUCUGUAGUUGGUCAGUGAAUGUUGUUGCCUGGCUGAUGACCCUCUUGAGCGUCUGCCGUGUUUUGGUUCCCAAAGAAUUAGGUGGGAAACAAUAUCAUUUUUGCUUGUCCAACGUACAGUGGCCACUAAACUACAGCCUACGUAUCUGGAGACGGCUUGAAAUUGGAGGCAGGUCCCCGUACAGCAGUAUGCAGUGUUACAUACCGUUAUUUCUUCAAGCAUUGUGGUAUAAAACACAACAAGUAUAUAAAAAGUCGUCGUCUCACAAAUAGAAGAAAAACGGGAACUUCGAUGCCAUUUUGUUUAUUUCUUCCGCUACAGGAUUAGCUCAGUCGGUAGAGCGCUUGACUGCAGAGCGGGAGGUCACGGGUUCAAUUCCCGUGGCCGGACCAAUACUCAGGGUCUUAAACUGAGAAAGGAAGGUACUGCCUUUGCCCUGCGAACGGUUAGACCUUCGCGUGGCUCGGAUGACAACGUAAAAUGGCGGUCUCGUCUCCAGUAGGAGACGUAAAAAAUAGUGUCCCCAGUUAGUACUUUCGUGCUAAAUACCUUGACACUCAAAUAAAGUGCAUUUUUUUGUAGCCAAAAUUAUCAAUUCGGAAUUUAAAAUAUCUUUCUUCUUAUUCAAGGUUUUUAUGGGUCAUGUUUUUAAUGCUACGAUGCCUGCCAAGAUCACCCCCGCCCCCCCCAAAUUGUUAUGGUUAGUGCUCCAUGAUACCUCCUUAGUAGCUCUACAGGAGGAGCAUUUUGUGUAUGGGUAAAGAUACUAAAUAAUGAUUUCUGCGCAGAAUUGACCUAAAACAGCAAUAUCCUUGUGACAUAACCCCUCUAAGCUUCGGCCAUAGGCGGAUAAAAUCUUCGUGCGUAAAAUCAUCCGUAAAACCUUUUCACCUUUAUAAUGAAACUUUCAAAACGUGUUUCACCUUUGACCCUAGACUCCACCCUAUUGCCAGUCGUUGGACCCGUGUAUUGAACCAAGACAUAGCUCUCUCUGGCUAUAACGUUCCAUCAAAUGUAAGUAUUCUUUCUUUGUUCCUCCCCAUUUUGCAAUUUUUCAUUUUUUUCUCUCUCUCUCUCUCUCCCUCUCUCCCUCUCUCUUCUCUUCAUGCGAUGCGAAGGUUAGAAUUUCUGGGCAAUAAUAUUCCCGAGACAAAUAUUUUUAAGUGACACCUGAACAUACAUCCAAUAGCCCACGUUCGAUAUAUUAAAUUCUAACAUGACUCCGAGGCUUUAGGGACAAAAAUGCAAAUUUUUCACAACUCCAUUAUCUCGCAAAUCCCAGAAGAGACUUGAGCACAAACAAAACCAAACCAAAUGUGAAAAAAUGACCAGAAAGCCUCGGAGUCAUGUUAGAAUUUUAAUACAUCGAACGUGGGCUGUUGCAAAAACGUUGUCUUAGAAAAAUGAAAAAAGGAAAAAGCCAAAAUGCAAAUAGGAAUUAAUUAGGCUAAUAAGUGUAAUAGUUCAUUUGCAGCAUGUGUACAGGGACGUCGCAAUUUGCUAUUGUUUUAAAGCAGAAAAACAGUAAAAAUAUUCCAGCGGCGAAAUGCAACGGCUGCAAAUAAUUCGACCCUGAGAAUGUGGCUUAAUUAGCCUAAUUAAUUCCUAUUUGGCAUUUUCCUCUUUUUCCUUUUUCUGAGACGGUCAGCACUUUUUAACAUCCGUCGAAAGGCCUCUGGAUACCUUGUGAAGUUUACACAACGUAGUAUUCCUUAUCGUUUUGGAUUAGCCGGUAAAGCACUGCGUUUUACAGACUAGGGUUAAGCACUGCCUUUACUGAUUAGGGUUAAGCACUGCCUUUACUGAUUAGGGUUAAGCACUGCCUUUACUGAUUAGGGUUGAACACUGCCUUUACUGAUUAAGGUUAAGCGCUGCCUUUACUGAUUAGGGUUAAGCACUUCCUUUACUGAUUAGGGUUAAACACUGUUUCGUAACUGGUUAGGUUCUUUUGUUGGGUUGGGGUUGAUGCUAUGUGUACUUUAAUUAUUUCCACUCCAUCCAACAAUUCCUCAGUGGCCUAGUGGAUAGUGGAUGUAAAUUCUUCGAGAAAAAUUCUGUUGUAUUGACCCCCAACAUGGCCACCUUGUCAAGUGAUUGCAAACAAAGAAUUGCAAUUAGGUGUACACAGAGUAAUCGGCUCCUGGUGUACAUCGAAAUGUGAGAUAAGUUCGUGGACCGAACUUUUUGAGAGAUUUGUCUUUCAUUCAAAAUCUUGAUUCUACCACCCUGCCAGCAGUCAGCCUUUCUUUGGCUUAGCGAGAAAGACUCUGCAUGAAUCGAAGAAAAACUUUGUUGAGGUUGCGCUAGGUUAAAGUUUCGAACCCAGUCUCAAUAGCCGUGUGUUUGUUACAAUGGGCUCAGUUAUGAUCAUCGGCUUAUCAAUAAACGGAUGCUCGCACUCGAAAAACCAGUUUGACGAGAGAAAACAAGGUUGACUAUAGUCCAGAAGUUCAGGCUGCGGUAGCUUGCGAGCAAGGUGUCCGGGGUGCUCUGGUGGCGGGGCGGAAAAAGGAGGGAGAGCUUGCAACUACGUCUCUGGAAUUUGAAUUCCACCUCCAUUUCCCCUGCGGCUCCCCGUCGACUGUACUGUCAGAUUUCCGCCAAUCAGCGCGAAGCGGAAAUGAGCGCGAAUGUAAACAAACAUUGAAAAACACGUGCCAAAAGUAAUGACAUCAUUACUAAUGUCAUCUCCGCCAAUCAGCAUUUCGCAUCGACUUUUUCGAUGCAGAUAUUCAAAUUCCAGAGACGCAGUAGCAAGCUGUCCUAAGGCUGUGGCGGCUUCAAAGGCGUGAUGCGAUUCAGGUAGAGCCUCCUCUUCUUCCUCUCGACCAACAAGAAGACAAAAGGAAGCUCUGCUCGCAUGUUGUGAUUCUACGAGCUCAAGAUUCUUUGUUUGACACUCCGUUUCUGCUCUUCGUUAAUUGAGAGGGUCCGCAGUUUCUUUUUCAGUUGUGUUUUAUAUAGUAGCUGAAAUUCACUAUUUCGGCAUCUUUGAUAUCCAGCGAGAUGCCGCACAGGAAAAUCCUUUAUGUGAGUCAUUACCUCUGUGGUUGUGUUAAAGGCUUUUCUUUCUUGAAACAACGAAAUUCAAAAUAUUAUGAUAGAUGACGAAGGACUUAUAUUAGGGCUUUCGCUAGUGAUACGAAAUCAGAAUUGGCUAUAAAGACGCUUGAAUCAGUUAAGGCCCGCGUUUCUAUGGAGAAGAGUUGUCCGGGUGAGAAGGGUCACACCGCCUACCCGAGCUACACUGGGUGACCCAACUUUUUAUACAUUUCCUUACAAAAUGUGGCGAAUCGUUUAAAGGCGAAAUAAGAAGUUGGCUCAGCUAGAGGCGCCUAGCCGGGCCAUCUUUUCUCCAGGUAAACACUUUACCUCGCCCAACCGGGUCAACUCGGCCAAGGUGAGACAAUCUGAGCAUGCGCGAGCGCUGCUUGCUCAUACAAACGCCCGUUAAAGUUGACUCGGUUGGGAGGGUGAUCCUUCUACCCGGGACUAGCUUACGUGUAGCCGCACCCUCCCCCCGACGAAGGAAAAACGUCCUUCGUCGGGGGGAGGGUGCGGCUACACGUAGGCUACCCGGGACAGGUUUUCUCGAGGGACCCAACCGGUUUCCUGUUGCGGGGCACAUUAGAGAGGUUAAGCAUCACGUUUACGUCUAACGGCAAACGCGAAUUUGUACCACGUGACCAAGUUUCCUCUUGACUUGUCGUCUACUGUUCAUUAUUUCUACACCAAAAUUAGUAGUUUUACGCAAUUUUUUAUCCCUAAGAAUAGUUUUCUGCUGUUUUUAUGUGCUCAUUUUCUAUUGUGAGAGAUUCUUGGCUUGAAUCUGACGUUUGCCGUUCGCCGUAUACGUGAAGCUUAAACUAUCUAUUAUCUGCUUGCUGGCGGGGUCGUGACCGAAUCAUUUUCUUACAAAAAAAUACAAGAAAAAGAAACAAACAAACAACAUAAGCACCACAUUUCACCCUAAAUGUCUUCUUUUGUCAUCUAAACCUCUGUUCUCUUCUGCACAGACUGUGAUUGUAUAUAGCAAUUACCUUUCUGGACGGUCCGAAGAGUUGUUCAAGUUUCCCUUGGAAUACAGACCUGAACGUUGGCUGAAUGAAGACCUUGGGAAAAUUCAUCCUUUUGCUAGUCUUCCGUUUGGAGUCGGUCCUCGUAUGUGUAUCGGUGAGUUCAUUAUUUAAUACCGAGCAGGCCCGAAGAAGCAGGCCCUCAUAAUCCAAGAUUGUGCUCGAUUUCCUUACGUGGCACGAUUCUCUUAUAAUCAGGGAAACGUUUUGAUUUACCGUGUUUGGCUUUUUUGUGACUCUACAUCCGAGACUAAAUGAUAUUUAUUGCAUUCCAGGCCGCCGUAUUGCUGAAGCUGAAAUUUACCUGCUGGCCGCAAAGGUAAUGGACACUAGUACAUUGUAUAAAAAAUUAAGGGCUCAAUAA